GGCGGGAGAGCGGCUGCGCGGAGGGCAGCUGGGAGGGGGGGGUCGCUGAGGGGGUGAGCGAGGCGGCGGGAGCGCGCCGCCAUUACCUGCUCGCGCGCUCGGGAACGCGCCUCCUCCUCCAAGGGGGAGAAGAAGAAAAGAAAAGAAAAAAAAAAACCGAAGCGAAACGAAAAAAAACAAUCCUAAUCCUAAUCAUCCUGUCAGGAAGGGGCGGACGCGAAGGGCGACUUGGAGCCCUUCCCUCUUGUCUCCUCCUCCGGGAAGUUGGAGCCGAACUUCCGCGGAGCGCGAGCCUUUCCCGGAGCGAGGCGGGAAGUGUGGAGAGGCGACCGACCCUCCUCCCCCCCUCCCCGUCACCUCAUCAACUGAGGGAGGGGGUGACAAUACCUGUAAGAAGGAGAGACCCCGCCCAAAACAGGACUAAUUGUUUUAUUUAUUGUUCUUAAGAGCGGUUGGCGGGAAGGAGCUGGAUUCCAAGCUGAAAGAGUCUAAUGAAGUUUUUCCUGGGAAGAAGCAUAAAAAUGUCGCCUGUUCAUUUAUUGCACCCCUCGUCAUUCUCUGAAUGAUUUGGAAGACCAGUCUAUAAAACGAGGACAUUGUUUCCCCCAUUUGAAUGUUGCAUAGUAUCAUGCCUAGCAGAAUGGGAUCAAAAAUGAACACGAAGAAAGACUUCAUUAGAGUAAAAACUCAUUAUAAUGGAGACAUCCUUAUCACCCACUUGGGUGCCUCAAUGAACUAUGAUGAACUUUGUGAUGAAGUGAGAGAAAUGUGCAAUUUAUCACAGGAACAACCAAUUACCCUGAAGUGGAUUGAUAAUGAAGGUGAUCCCUGUACCAUUUCAUCCCAGAUGGAGCUGGAAGAAGCAUUCCGUUUGUAUUGUCGUUACAGAGACGAAGGGCUUAUUAUUCAUGUCUUCCCAAGCAUUCCAGAACAGCCCGGCUUGCCGUGUCCUGGGGAAGAUCAAUCAAUCUAUCGGCGGGGCGCCAGAAGAUGGAGGAAGCUGUACCGAGUGAAUGGCCAUUUGUUUCAAGCCAAGCGCUUUAACAGAAGAGCAUACUGUGGCCAAUGCACUGAAAGGAUAUGGGGUCUGGGAAGACAAGGUUACAAGUGCAUCAACUGCAAGUUGUUGGUCCAUAAACGCUGUCACGUUCUUGUCCCACUGACCUGCAAAAGGCAUAUGGAUUCUGUGAUGCCUUCCCAGGAACCUCAAUUAGACGAUAAGAAUGACGAAGCUGACGUCCCUCCAGAAGACACAGACGGAAUAUCUUACAUUUCUUCGACUCGGAAACACGACAAUAUUAAAGAUGACUCUGAGGAACUCAAGCCAGUUAUUGACGGGAUGGAUGGGAUCAAGAUCUCUCAGGGGCUUGGCCUACAGGACUUUGAUCUGAUCCGAGUCAUUGGACGAGGAAGCUAUGCCAAAGUUCUUUUAGUCCGGUUAAAAAAGAAUGAUCAAAUUUAUGCAAUGAAGGUUGUCAAGAAGGAAUUAGUCCAUGACGAUGAGGAUAUCGAUUGGGUGCAGACCGAAAAGCAUGUCUUUGAGCAGGCAUCCAGUAACCCUUUUCUAGUUGGCUUACAUUCCUGCUUUCAAACAACAAGCCGGUUGUUUCUUGUUAUAGAAUAUGUGAAUGGGGGUGACCUCAUGUUUCAUAUGCAACGGCAGAGAAAGCUGCCAGAGGAACACACAAGGUUUUAUGCUGCUGAAAUCUGUAUUGCUCUCAACUUCCUCCACGAAAGAGGCAUCAUAUACAGAGAUUUAAAACUGGAUAACGUGCUCCUGGAUACAGAGGGCCACAUCAAGCUAACAGAUUACGGCAUGUGUAAGGAAGGAUUGGGCCCCGGUGACACUACGAGCACUUUCUGCGGCACGCCAAAUUACAUUGCCCCGGAGAUUCUCCGAGGAGAAGAAUACGGAUUCAGUGUGGAUUGGUGGGCCCUUGGUGUCCUCAUGUUUGAAAUGAUGGCAGGAAGAUCUCCGUUCGACAUUAUUACCGACAAUCCAGAUAUGAACACUGAAGAUUACCUCUUCCAAGUUAUCCUUGAAAAACCGAUCCGAAUUCCGAGAUUCCUUUCUGUUAAGGCCUCCCAUGUUUUGAAGGGAUUUUUAAAUAAGGAUCCCAAAGAGAGGCUCGGAUGCCAACACCAAACAGGAUUUUCCGAAAUCAAGUCACACACAUUUUUUCGCAGCAUAGACUGGGAUCUGCUGGAAAAGAAGCAGGCCACCCCACCGUUUCAGCCUCAGAUCACGGACGAUUAUGGCUUGGAUAACUUUGAUACCCAGUUCACCAGUGAACCUGUGCAGUUAACUCCAGAUGAUGAAGAUGUAAUAAAAAGAAUAGACCAGUCGGAGUUUGAAGGAUUUGAAUAUAUUAAUCCACUGAUGCUAUCGAAUGAGGAAACGGUAUGAGAAACAGGCGCAGAGGGGAAAAACAAAAUGAACGCACAUGGACAUUUAAUCCUGAACUACAGUAUAUGCAUGCAAGGCUGGGGCGGGGUCACCAUAAGGUUUUGAAUGGAAACCAAAUGGGAAAAUGGCCACUGAGAAAAAUCAAGAUACGUGAUUUGGGUGGGUGGCUUCCUCUCUUUUUUUUUAAGUCCGGGGGAACUGGCAGAGCUGACUUUGUGGAUUUCGCACUCCGUGCCUGCUUCAACAAAGGGGUCAGUGAUGGCUUGUUGCGUCCUUGGGAAGAGAUUCCAGACCACUUUGAAAAGUAGCCCGCUUCUAUCGGACUUUUCCAUGCAACAGCCUCCUAAAACAGUUGAACAUCCAGAACACAAUUGCUUGUGAUGUUGAAGCUUAACUUUAGAUGCCUUUUCUCACAAGUGGUACCUAUCCUACAUGUGUGUGCGUGGGUCUGUAUGUGUGUGUACAUUCACAUCUAUGUAGGCACACAUGUAUACGCACACUUGCUAAAUCAAUAGAAAGGAGUUGUGUUUUAUUAGCAAUGUUAACAAAUUUGGGUACAGUAUUUUAAGUGCCUAAAUGGAUAAUCUACAUUAAAUUAUUCCAUUUUUUGGAACAAUUGAUGAACCCUGUAAGUUCUGGUUAUUUAAAACGAAAAGUAUUUUACACAUGGAACCUACAAAUAACAGCUGCUAUCUAAUAUUAAUCACAGUCUCAGAAUGGACAGGAAUCUUAGCAAUAACAAUUCCAAAAUUAGAAUUUUGCAUCUAAACAUUCUGGAUUAUGCUGAAUGUGGGAGAAAAAAAAACUACCAAAAUUCCCAUCAGAAAAUUUAAAUUUGCACAUGGUGGAUUUAUGAAAAUAUUUGAGCAGUGCCUACAAUGAUUUAUGUUGUAUACUAGAUUUUUGAAUAAUAUUUUUAUCAAUGCAAUAUUCAAAAGGAACAAUGGGAACGUAAUAGAUCUUAGCCUUAAAAUUUUGGAAAGAAAAAAAAUAAAAGAAUUCUAGGAUAUCUAUCAACAUACUACUUUUUUUUUUUUUCUGAUAAAGCACACCUCCUACGUUCUCCCAGAGGUUGGUUUGGUAAAUGAAACACUAUCAAAACAGCCACUUGGGGAUAGGAAAGGCGACCACAGAUAAAAAUAUUACUUGGAUAUAAAAAUGUCUUAUUAUUUUCUCUUUGGAGAACGGCGAUGUGUUUCAUCGGGAUAAUUGUCAGUUCUUGGAAUUCAAAGACAAUUCAGUGCAUUUCAGAUGGAACUACGAGUACAUAUUGCUAAUCUUAAUACCGGAACCCUUUCCAAAGUCUCUGGGUCAAUUGCAGUUUUGGAGAAUGAGGUUUUUUUAAAAAAAAUCAGAUUGACUCUACGGGGGUCAAUUGCAAUGACAUAGAAAAAUCCCAUUAUGUCACGACUUGGUGGAUAUCAAAUGACUCAGUCUAGGCUUCUCAGCAGCGUUGGUUGCUGUACAGGAAAUCUUACCUGCCUUUGUAGCCAUCAAAUGCUAGGAUAUGGCCAAAUUUGAAAGGUGGAUAAAUCUGGCCAAGAACCAUUGGUUAAAUUUCAUUUUGGAUUCUUCCUUUAGCUUGGCCAAUGAUUAAAGCACAUAUAUGAUAAGAAAAUGUUAGCACUCCCGUGCCGGGUUUCUUGAAACUCGGCCGUUUUGCUUUUGAGAAAGAUUCUUAAGUCUGUUCUAACCAGCACUUAGUAAUUCAGCUAGAACUAUUUUUUUUCCCCCUCCAGUGCUCGGGAUUUAAAUAACCAAGCUGGAAAAUGAAUAUCCUAUCUCCCCCCCCCCCCCCCAGCAACAAAUUCAGUAUUUCCUUCACUGCUGUGUCUCUUCCCCUUCAAUUUGCAGCUGAGCAAUUGGUUCUUGUAUACUGUCCAAACAUCAAAGCAGGACUAGAUACACACUUGAUCCCAGGCAUCAAAAAACAAGUCCUUGAUUUAUUUACAAUUUAAGGCAUUUACAAUGUUGCUGUGUUGCCAAAUAAGUUAACUGGUUACAAGUCGGUUGCUGCUCUUGUGCAAUGUAUAAUGUUCUGUCCAUGAUGAAGGGGAAAUUUUUUUAUAUAAAGUUCUUGUUUUAUAAAUUAAAGAAAAAAUGAAGGAUGUAAUUAAAUGUGUGGUUUAAAAAAAAAUUCCUUAAUAUAUUGCAAAUGGAGCUGGUAAUGAGAUCAUUGUCUUAGUAUGUAAAUGAAAUGUAAAUGAAAACACUCUCUAGCUAAUUUAAUGAUUGUAAAACAGUAAAUAUGUUCUUGUAGUUUUGUAUAAUUAACUAGUUGAGAUCUUUGGCCAGUUUUAUUUGUGCAAAAGAUGGUAUCCUAACCAGUUAAACAGCUAAAAUCAUUUAUAUUCUUGCACAUCUAUUAAAGACUUUAAUGAAAA